UCUCGGGAGCCUGGCCCCGCCAUUCAGAGCCCCUGGACGGCGGUCUGGAGCCGUCGGCAGCUCCUGAGCCCCGGCCCUGGCGCAGCUCGGUCAGUUCGCACCAGGGGCUCGGGCAGGCUCGGCAGCUGUGGGAGUGAGGGCUGCAGGCGGCCCGGUGAGUGCUCUGGAAACGGGCGCUUGGCACCGAAAAGAGUCUGUCGGUAGCGAACAAAACAAUGGUAAAACGUUCCUAAUGGCAGGACGAGGAGCAGUGGCCAUAAACUAAAACACGAGAAGUUUCACCUCAGCAUGAGGAAGAACUUCUUCACAGUGAGGGUAGCAGAGCACGGGAAGAGCUUGCCUGGGGUUGCUCAUGCAGUGUCCCUCUCUGGAGACAUUCCAAACCCACCUGGAUAUGUUCCUGUGUUACCUGCUCCAGGUGACCCUGCCUGGGCCAGGGGCUUGGAUUGGAUGAUCUCCAGAGGUGCCUUUCAACUCUGACUAUUCUGUGAAAAUUGGAGGGCUUGCCUAUUUGAGUUCCAGGUUUGCUUGCUAAUGUAAAUGCAAACUUGAGAUUAAUUUUCCAUUUAUUAAGGCAUUUAAAGGUAGCUGCAAUGCUCAGCUUGCCUGUGGUGUGCUUCCCUGCCUGCUAAGGCAAGCUAAGGGAAGCAGCAUUGUAAGUUAAGGAUUGCUUGACUUCUCCACUUGUCUUCUGUUCGUCUUGGUUGCAUCUGGUACCUUAGAAGACCACUCAUUCAAUGUAUUUUUCUUUUUCAAAGCAUGUCAGAGGAUUCCAGAUGAAAAAGGAAAAGCCAAGAAAAGGUUUUUUUUUAAAUAAUACAGAAUAAAGAAAUAUGGCCUGAAUGGAGUUGUCUGUACCAUGUAAUCGCUGUGAAGUUUUGUAAUGGCAGAAGCUAGGUCUUCAGGAAUCAAAAGAUCCCGAAUAAGUUUGUCACUCAGUCAAAAUAAGAAGAAAAAAGAAACAACAAAAAAAGUAGAAGUUACAGGAACACCAUCUACACCUUCAGCAUCAUCCUCUAUUACUUCCUUUUUUAACAAUGUCCCCCCUACCAAAAUUAACUGUCCCAUAUGUGGGCAAUUGGUGCCAAGAUAUGGAAUAAAUAAGCACAUUGAUGAAACAUGUCAGAGAAACCAUAGUGAGAUUAGUGCCACUGAUGCUACACUGAAUUCUUUUAGGAGUAAGGGUCCCCUAGCUGCAAAUCUGAGCAAUAAUUCCAGCUCAUAUUUUUCAAAAAACCUCUUAAAUCUAGAAACAAGCCCUUCCAAAAGUAAUUUAUUGCAAGCGGGAGGGAGUGCAUCACAACAGACUAGUCCUUAUUUUAGCAGUCAUAGUUCAGUCUUUAGUGUUAACAAUGAAUGCCAGGCUCGAACAGUUAGAACAGUCUCCUUGGGAAGCUUGUCUUCAAAACUGUCCAGAAGACGCUGUCUUCAGGGAGGAAAACAAGUCUUGUAUGAAGAGAUCAACUCUUCCCCUCCAGCUGUUCACAGUGCUGCAGCUCUGGAUGAUGGUGAUGGUGAUGAGAUUGAUGCUGGGCAGAGUUCUCAGAAAGAAAAUCAGCCUUCUCAGAGAGACCACCAGGAACAAAAUUUUUCAAAGAGGGAACCUGAAUUUCAAACUGAAAUAAACAAAUGUUAUCAAGAAGACCUUGUAGAUAUGGUUCAAGUACCUUUACUGGCCGAUAACAGUAGUGACAAAAGGUUCCCAUCUGGUACAAGGAGCACCGAAGCAGAAAGCAGGUCUGAAGGUGGAAUACUUAGUCCUGAUAAAUCUGAAACAUCUCUAGCCAUCCAUACUUCAGCAGAGCUGACCAGUGAUUUGGAAAUCGAGACUCAGCCUCACACUGAGGUUACUCCUUCUUCAAAGACAGAAGUGAACUGUGGGACAGAAAAUUGCUUUAGCAGGGAUGAGGCAGAGGUACUUCCUGUGGAAGUUCUUGAAGACUUUAAGAAUGACCUGAACCAUACUUUGUUAGAAACUGUGGAAAAGGCGGAGUCUCAGGAUUCCACUGCGGACAUUCUAGACAAAAUAGAUGAGGUCCUCUCUGUGCCCAGCUCUCCUGGUCACCCAUACUACCUCCAGAAUUUUUUAGUAGUGCUACGAACAGUAUUGGAGAAUGAAGAUGAUGUCAGACUAUUUAAUGAACAAGAUUUGAACAUUAUAACCAAGUUCUACAAAUUAUCAGUUGGUGGACAGAAGUUGUAUGUGAGACUUUUUCAACGCAAGCUGAACUGGUUAAAGGUGAACAAAAUAGAGUAUGGGGAGAUAAGCACGGAUUUGUCACCCAUAAUUGAAGAACUGGCUGAGGCCAGAUUUCUACAAACAGAAUCUGAAUUGGAAGACCUGUGUGAAGCAUUGGAUUUGCUUUCAGCCCCUGAGCUAAGAACACUGGCAAAAGUCUUUCACUUGCCAAACCCAAAUGGUCAGAAACAGCAACUUGUGGAUGAUUUUCUGAAGUUGUCAAAACAGCGUUCGAUCUUCAGCAGGAGUCAGGCUGGUAUUGGGACAGUGAUUUUAAAAAGGGUGAAGAACCUGGCUGGAAAAUGUGUCAGGGUCUGCAAAGGUGUUCGGUCUGUCUUUUCCCGAAUCCUGCUGCUGUUUUCACUGCCUGAGUCACUGGAGGAGGAAGAAGCCGGCAGUGCUGGGCAAGGCCUGCUCUCCACAGUCCUUAGGGCAAAUAUGGGGCAUAUGGUGUUCCCCAGUUACACAGUAAACAGGAAAACACAGGUCUUCCAGGACAGAGAGGAUCUCAUCAGAUAUGCAACUGCUGUUCAUCUGUCAAAUGAUAUAGCCACCUCUGUGGUAAAUGGGAACUGGGAAGAAGCUAAUCGUCUCUAUUUGUGUGCUAAAGAAACCUGGAGUGAGCUGAAGAAUCAUCCCUCUUUGAGCUAUCACAGAAUUUUACCUGAUUACCUGCAACGUUUCACAGUUGGCUGGGUGUACACAAGAAUCCUUUCUCAAGGAGUUGAAAUUCUGCAGAGACUUCACAAGUAUAAGGAAGCAGUGCAGCAGCUGCAGAGCCUCCUGGCCCAGGAUGUGUAUUGUGCUGACAGCAGAGGGAGAUGGUGGGAUCGCCUGGCUCUGAAUUUACAUCAGCACUUGAAAAACACUAAGAAGGCCAUUGGCUGCAUCCGGAGGGGCCUGGCAGACCCAGCUGUGCGCACCGGGCACCGCCUGUCCCUGUGCCAGCGCGCCCUUCGCAUCAGGGACUCCCCCAGCUGCAAGCAGUUCCAGGACCUGCUGCAGGACCUGCCCAUCCUUACCGUGCAGGAUGUGACACACGUUACGAUCAGUGGAAAGAUGUGUCCUCAGACGGGAAUGGGAAAAUCUGUGUUUCUCAUGGAGGAUUUUGGUGAUGGAGAAGGAGGCGAAGACUGCAGGGUAUCCACAGUCAUGUGCUCAGUUGAGGAGCUGGCAUUAACUCAUUACAGGAGGAAUGGUUUCGAUCAGGGUAUUCAUGGGGAAGGCUCAACGUUUAUUACAUUGUAUGGGAUUCUUAUGUGGGAUAUCAUUUUCAUGGAUGACAUACCUGACGUGUUCAGAACUUCCUAUCAGACAUCCCCUCUGGAUUUAUAUACUGACAGCUUCUAUGAGAACAGGAAGGCUGUCAUCGAGGCCAGGCUCCAGCAGCUUCACACAGCUUCCUCAGAGACACUGGCAAAGUUGGUUGCUGAUGUCUGGACCACUCAGGAGGGAAAAGCAGCAGCCCUGGUUAACUGGGGCCGUUUUAUUUCCCUCCAGCAAGUCCAGAGCCUGGUCUCUUGCCUUGGAGGAACGUUCCUGAGCGGUGUUUUCCGGCGCCUUUCUAGGGACCUGCGGCACUGCCGGGGCGGGCUGCCCGACCUGCUGGUGUGGCGCUCCCACAGCCAGCACUUCAAGCUGGUGGAGGUGAAGGGCCCACACGACCGCCUGUCUCCCAAGCAGAUGCUGUGGCUGAGUGAGCUGCACAAGCUGGGGGCUGCAGUGGAGGUUUGUCACGUGCAGGACGUUGGAGGCAAGAGCAAACGCCUCAGCUGACAGAGGUUGGAUCAUGUGGGGAACUCAGGUGUUCUUGAAGGAACGGGCAGCACACACCAAUGGCUGCUGUUGCUUAUUAAAAGUAAUUUGUUCUAAAAUUCUGGUUUCUUGGAACAUUACUGUAGUCCUUUUUAGCACAAAACAUUCUAAGAUGUAAUUUGAGAAAACUGUCAGUAUGAUUUACUGCAUGUCACUUUGUGUUUAGAAAAGCAGAGCCCUUGCCUUCUCUCCAUAAUUUCUAACUUAUUCUCUGAGGUGAUCUGGGGCUUGCCCAGUGAAGAGGAGUAACUGCCUUCAGACUGGUAUGCCCUGAGAAGAUCUCUACAGAAACUGGGCCAUCAGGUCCUGCUCAUUUCUGUGGUGCCCUUGUGGCCUAAAUUCAUUAUGUUGGGCAAGUCUCCUUACAAGGCAUUGUCAGGUCCAGUGUGGUUCUCUGCCUGUCCCCACUUAUAUUUUGUAUUUGAAUUUUGCGCUUGUACAUAAACAGAUACAGGUGUUCAAGGAUGGCAGAGAGUAGGGCAUGAAGCAUUAAUGCUGUUCUAAUGUGCUGCUGGGUAUGAAAGGUUAAUUUAUUUAACAGCCCCUUCUGUUGUAUCUGCAUUACCUGUAUAAUGGGAAAUAUUUCUGGUAGUAGACAGGAUUUGGUCAGUGCCAAAAUGACCACACUCAGUGUAGUCAGUUCUGCCCCAGUAAAAUUGAUGUGUUUGCUCAUUCAGAAGUAUAUCAGUCAACUGGAACUAAAAAGAUGAAUUCCCUUUUAAGACACCAAAAUCCCAUGGGUUUCUCUUAAUUUUAACAUAUAGCCAGCAUCUUUUCUCUGGUGUCUUCAUUCUUUUACUGAGUAAGUUCCCUGCUAUCAGAAAUUCUGAUCAUCAUGCAAACUGCAGACACUAUAACAGAAUAUAGCAAGAAACAAGAUAAUUUGCACAUCAUUUUUAUUUAUCAUCUCUCUAUAGCACAGAGUCCAUGCUAUUCUUGGAAAAAACCACACACACACAAUUUAUUCUUUGUUAGGGGAAGAAAACCACCUGAAGUUCAGUGUGGAAAGGUAGGAACUUUUAUUGACUCUAAUUUUCUUCACAUUCACAACUCAGCAUCAGGCUUUUAUAAUCUUCCUGCCACUGCUACUUUACUCAGUUAAUCAUUAUCAGGCACAAAGGUUUUAGUUUCAGUUGAAAUGGUGAACUCUAAACCAUCACAGCAA